AUAGAUUUGCAUACAAUAGAUAAGGUGUAUAAAGCUAAAUAUGGAAUAUAUCUGUCGGAUGAUGUGAAACGAAUUUACUAUGGUGAAUAUGCCGAUGCUUUGUUAAAACUUUUGAAAAAAGAAGAAAUCCCAGAUAUAUAUCAAUAUUCAAUACCAUUACCAUUACCUCUAUUACUUCACGCGAUUGAACCUUGA